AUGCGAGGUCAGUGUGGGACAGAGGGAUUCUCUCCCCUUCCAUGUGUGGACAAUACACCGGCGACUACACCAGCAUCCUCUCAGUUUCGACAGUUACUUGUAGACACCUGUGGUAUAGACUAUUUAACCGGACCUGUAUGUUGUGAUGAAUCGCAACUCGAUGAUCUCGUCAGUCAGGUCAAGAGAGCAGAAGCGAUGAUUGUUUCUUGUCCGGCUUGUUGGCACAAUUUCUUGCAGUUUUGGUGUUCUUUCACCUGUUCUCCUGACCAGUCGACGUUUGUCAACAUUACGUCUGCGAAAGCCGGCGAUGAGAAAGGCAGUUUCGCGGUGACGAGCGCCGACUAUUGGGUAGGGGAUCAUUUCGGAUCGCAGUUCUUUGAUAGCUGCAAGGAUGUGAAAUUCAGUGCGUCGAACGGGUAUGCGAUGGAUUUUAUAGGAGGAGGAGCGAAAGAUUGGCAGACGAUGGUGCGUUAUAUGGGCAGGAAACGACCUCUCAUUGGCAGUCCUUUUCAAAUUGACUUUCCGCCUCUGAGGGAGGGUGAAGAGAAGGAGGAGAAGGAGGAGGAGGGGGACCUUGUGCGUUAUGACGCCGAUGGCAAAUCAUGCAAUGAUACGGACCCAGCGUAUCGAUGUGCGUGUGUGGAUUGCCAAGCGGUGUGCCCAAUUCUGGAACCCACGCCUGCGGAGAAAGACAACUGCCACGUAGGAUCGUUGCGUUGUUGGAGUUUUGCCAUGUUGAUGAUCUACUUGAUGGUGUUGGUGUUGAGUGCCAGUUUGCUUUUAGGAAGAAACCAAAGAAUCGGCCGAUGGAUGCAGCGCUUCUUUGGCAUGGAUGUGAACACGUUGCGACGCCCUCGAGGACUGUAUGAGCGAUUGGCGCUUUCGGAAGAAGAUCAAGAUGCAUUGCAGGACGACGACGACGAUGAAGUAGAAGAGACACUUUUGGAUCCAGACUCUCGUGGAACGCACAGGUAUUGGUUGAAUGCCAAGUUGCAAGGAUGGUUCUACUACCAAGGCCUGUUGUGUGCGCGCUAUCCAUGGGUUGUCAUUCUCGUGUCCCUUCUCUGCGUUACGCUCUGCUCCUUAGGCUGGUCCCGCUUUGCGGUGGAGCGCGAUCCUGUCAAGCUGUGGGUCUCCCCUUCGUCGACGGCGUUGGCGCAAAAGAAGCAUUUUGACGAGCACUUUACACCGUUUUAUCGCACCACGCAACUGUUUUUUGUCAGCGAAAACGCGAGCCAACCUGUGAUGACGGGACAGCGGCUUCAACAUUUGUUCCAAUUGGAAGACGACAUCCGAUUGAUGAGGUCGGACGCCUAUGGAUACACGUUACAGGACGUUUGCUUUCAUCCCAACGGCGAUGCUUGUAUUGUUCAAUCUGUCACACGGUACUGGGACAGUGACGUUUUUGACCCCUCCUCGUGGAAAUCGACCUUCGAGCAGUGUGCUUCGCAACCGUCCCUCUGUCUGCCGGACUUUCAGCAGCCUAUCAAGCCUGACAUGGUCCUGGGAGGGUAUCAAGAGGGCGAUUACUUGUCGGCCAAGGCCAUGAUCGUGACGUAUGUUCUGACCAACUCGGUCGAUGCCCAUGAGACGGCCAAGGCAGAGGAUUGGGAAAACAGUCUACUGACCAAGAUUUUAAAAAACAUCCAUCAUAAGCCAGAAUGGGAGGGCGUUCGAAUAAGUUAUUCUACAGAGAGCUCGAUUGAAAAAGAGCUCAACCAAUCCAGUAAUACGGAUGCGAAUACAGUGAUCAUUAGUUAUGUUGUGAUGUUUCUCUAUGCUUCGGUGGCGUUGGGCCGUAUCGUGUCGUAUCAUCCGCGUCGUUUAGUGGUUGACUCGAAAUUUAGCCUUGGUAUCUGCGGCAUCCUGAUUGUUAUCUUUUCGGUGUCUUCGGCCGUGGGGUUAUUUUCGUUGACCGGUCAGAAAAUUACGCUUAUUAUUGCCGAGGUGAUUCCCUUUUUAGUGUUGGCGGUAGGCGUGGAUAAUAUCUUUAUUCUGUGUCACGAAUAUGCCAGACGCGUGGAUCUGGGAGAGGAGGAGUCGAUUGAAGAACGUGCCGCGAAAACGUUAGGUCGAAUGGGGCCGAGUAUUUUGCUGAGCUCACUCAGUGAAACCAUCGCGUUUGGUCUUGGCACGUUUGUAACCAUGCCUGCUGUGAGCAGCUUUGCUACGGUUGCUUCCAUUGCUGUCUUUGUCGACUUUGUGCUCCAAGUGACUUGCUUUGUCUCUUGUCUCGUUUUAGAUGCGUAUCGACAACAGAACCGUCGUAUCGAUUGUGUGCCCUGUGUUCAAAUAGAAACACCGGAGGUGAUUGAAAAGGAGAGCCUACUGCAAACGAUGGUACGCGACUACUAUGUGCCCGCGAUCCUCCGUCCCAAGGCACGUUAUGUGAUUUCGAUGGUGUUUUUAGGUCUGUUCAGUAUGGGGUUAUCGUUGUUGCCUCAAUUACCGAUGGGUUUAGACCAAAGAAUCGCAUUGCCUUCGGACUCGUAUUUGGUACAGUACUUUAACGAUAUGGACACGUAUUUCAACGUGGGACCGCCCGUGUAUUUUGUCGUCAAGGGGGCGAAUCUGACGCGACGAGAGGAACAGAAAAAGAUAUGCGGACGUUUCCCUAGUUGCCAUGAACGCUCUUUGGCCAACGUACUUGAGCAAGAACGACGUCGUUCGCAUGUCUCGUAUAUUGGUGAGCCUACGAGUAUCUGGUACGAUGAUUUUAUGAAUUGGCUCAACCCCACGACGGGUUGUUGUCGUUUAAAGAACGAAUAUCCACGUCGUCGUCAUCCUCCUGGGCAACAAGAAGCAGCAGCGUCGUCGUCGUAUGGCAGCCAUGACUGGGAACUCUGUAGUAUCUGGGACGACGAUCGCGAUUGUACUGACUGCAAUGCACACUGGGACGUCAGCAUGCAAUCGUUCCCUGAAGGCAAGGACUUUCUUGAUUUCUUUGACCUGUGGAUCACGAUGGCACCGGACGAAGAUUGCCCGUUGGGUGGAAAAGCGGCCUAUGGCGAUGCUAUUGUGGCGGAUCAUGAUCGAGUGACCCUCGAUGCGUCCCAUUUCCGCACGUUCCAUACGCCGCUACGCAGCCAACAAGAUUUCAUUGCUGCGUAUGGUUCAGCGCGACGCAUCGCUGAGGGGCUCAGCGAAGAGUUGGGUUUGGACGUGUAUCCUUACUCUGUAUUUUACAUUUUCUUUGAGCAAUACAGCUCUAUUGUGGCGAUGGCUUUUGAGAUUCUUGGUUUGGCGGUGUUGUCGAUUUUUGCAGUGACCAGUCUGUUGUUGGGUAGUUUCCGCUGCGGUGCUCUUGUCAUGACAGUGGUCAUCAUGAUCCUCGUGGAUGUGGUGGGCGUCAUGGUUCUGUGGGGCGUGAGUUUGAAUGCUGUCAGUCUGGUGAACCUUGUGAUCUGUGUGGGUAUCAGCGUUGAAUUUUGCUGUCAUAUUGCUCGUGGAUUUAUGGUAGCCAAGGGUCAUCGAGAGCAGAGAGCAGGACAAGCUCUCAUGGAUGUUGGCAGUUCUGCAUCAUUGUUUUGGCGUUUACGAGGUCCAAGAUAUUUGAGGUGUAUUACUUUAGAAUGUGUAAGUACAUUGAGCGAAUAUUCUGAAAGAUGUAUGUUUUUAUUUAUCCUGGGUCUCUCUUUAGAUCUUGCCAUUGUCGUGUUGGGAGCGUUACAUGGUCUGGUAUUAUUACCCGUUUUACUCUGUUUAUUGGGAGGUGACGGCAUGGUGCUGGCGGAUGUGGACGAAGAUGGAUUUGCGUGGAGUGCUAAUAGUCAUUUUUGGCGUGGAUUAGGAAGUCAGCAUCAUAGUCAGCUUCUCGUGGAGGAUAAUGAAAGCUCUGAUCAAGUGUUGAUUACUGAUGUACCAGCGAAUCCUAAUGACUCGGUGACAGCAGAACAUGCAGAGUAUCAAGCGAACGGAAGAAUGACCACGGAUGAAUAA